AUGGCGGAAGCAAGCGUGCUUCUGUUUCUUCUUUAUUUUGGUCAAGGUUUGCCUUAUGGCUUUCAAGUGAAACUACUGCCAUUGCUUCUUCGAAAGCAAAGUUUCUCCUUGUCAAGAGUAGGUUUUAGUCGACUUUUAAGUCUCCCUUGGAUUUUCAAAUUCACCGUAGCGCCUUUCGUCGACAACUUUUGGUCUCUAGAUUUAUGGAUUUUGUUUGGCUCGAUGGCUAUGGCAAUUCUAUGCUUCACAUCGGCCAUUGUGGGAUUUGGAAAUAUAAUUUUUCUUCUUAUCUGCGUAUUCUUGAUGAAUUUGACUUCUGCUGUUCAAGAUGUCGCUGUUGAUACUUUCGCCAUAAGCCUUCUUAAACCAUCUGAUCUUGGUGAGUUUGUUUAGGUCACUAUCCUAUAUAGCCUUAAUAGGGCCAUUUAUACGAGGAAAAAUAAGACGCGUCUACAAUAAGACGCGAACUUUCCGUAUAAAUGGCACAUUUCGUCUAAAAUAAGACGCGGCUUAGCUAAGAUGCGUCUUAUUAGAUAAGACCUGCUCGUAUAAAUGGUACAGUUCGCGUCUUAUUUUUCCUCGUAUAAAUGGCCCUAAUAUCCAUUACCCUUGCUUCUGUCAAUCACCCUAGGGGACCUCUCAGGAUUUUAUUCUUUGGAUACAAAGGGUCAAGUUUGUUGUUUGUAUAUUACUGGAUUUCAGUUCAUAUAAUUUUGUUUUGUUUUGUCAUGUAUAUAUUGUUUAUAUGGUUGACAAAAGUAGAAAAUGUGAUUGUUGGUUUAUUUUGGCGAGGUUACACGUUAUACAGUCAUACCUCUCCACAACCGCCACCUUGGGACCAUAAGAAAGUGGCUGUUAUGGGGAGGUAAGGGUGUCAUAUAACAAAUUCUUUUUAGGGAGUACAACCUGUUUAUUGUGCUACAUUCUUGCUUACUAUAUCCCAUAAUGUUAUACUAAUCACAAAUAAUAUACCGAGAGAAAAAAACACACAAAAAAUUGAAUAAUACUUUGAAUCAAAAUGUAUAUGCUUGAUGCAACAGUAUAAAUGGGCGGAAAGGCGUCUUUUCGUUCUAGAAUAUCAUAAAAGACAUUUUCCUGGCCUAUAUUGCCUAAAAAAAAAAGUUGGAAAAAUGGCCAUUUUUGGACCAAAACCAUGGGUUAACCCCUUUGGAAAAAUGUCAAUUUUGGACUUCUUGUUUUUAUAGCCUAGAAAGGCGUUUUUUCGUUCUAGAAUAUCAUAAAAGACAUUUUCCUGGCCUAUAUUGCCUAAAAAAAAAAAGUUGGAAAAAUGGCCAUUUUUGGACCAAAACCAUGGGUUAACCCCUUUGGAAAAAUGUCAAUUUUGGACUUCUUGUUUUUAUAGCCUAGAAAGGCGUUUUUUCGUUCUAGAAUAUCAUAAAAGACAUUUUCCUGGCCUAUAGUGCCUAAAAAAAAAAAGUUGGAAAAAUGGCCAUUUUUGGACCAAAACCAUGGGUUAACCCCUUUGGAAAAAUGUCAAUUUGUCGACUUUUUGGACUUCUUGUUUUUAGAGCCUAGAAAGGCAUUUUUUCGUUCUAGAAUAUCAUAAAAGACAUUUUCCUGGCCUAUAUUACCUAAAAAAAAAAGUUGGAAAAAUGGCCACUUUUGGACCAAAACCAUGGGUUAACCCCUUUCAAAAAUGUCAAUUUUUGGACUUUUUGGACUUGUUGUUUUUAUAGCCUAGAAAGGCGUUUUUUCGUUCUAGGGAUAUGUGGGGAACACAUAUCCCUAGUGAUAUGUGUUUCCCAGGUUGGGAAACACAUAUCCCUAGGUGGGGGAACACAUAUCACUAGGGAUAUGUGUUUCCCAGGUGGGGGAACACAUAUCUCUAGUGAUAUGUGUUUCCCAGGUGGGGAAAUACAUAUCACUAGUGAUAUGUGCUUCCCAGGUGGGGGAACACAUAUCACUAGGGAUAUGUGUUUCCCAGGUGGGGGAACACAUAUCACUAGGGAUAUGUGUUUCCUAGGUGGGGGAACUCACUAGGGAUAUGUGUUUCCCAGGUGGGGGAACACAUAUCACUAAGGAUAUGUGUUUCCCAGGUGGGGGAACACAUAUCACUAGGGAUAUGUGUUUCCCAGGUUGGGGAACACAUAUUACUAGGGAUAUGUGUUUCCCGGGUGGGGGAACACAUAUCACUAGGGAUAUGUGAUUCCGAGGUGGGGAAACACAUAUCACUAGGGAUAUGUGUUUCCCAGGUGGGGGAACACAUAUCCCUAGUGAUAUUUGUUUCCCAGGUGGGGGAUGUUUGGGGAACACUUAUCACUAGGAAUAUGUGUUUUCUUGGUGGGGGAACACAUAUCACUAGGGGUAUGUGUUUCCCAGGUUGGGGAACACUUAUCACUAGGGGUAUGUGAUUCCCAGGUUGGGGAACACAUAUAAUUUACAAAGUACUUUCCUUAUAUUAUCUGCGUCUUUUACCUCUACUAGCUGCUGUUUUUAUUCUGGAAUUCCUUUGCAAAUCGUUGCUUUUUAGCUUGAGGGUUUAUGUUUGCAUUCACGCAAGAGAAAACUGACAGUGUUUUUCCUGCCGUUUCUCACGCUACUUUCCACCAUGCUUUGAUCAUGUGCUGAAAUGUAUCCCAAGCAGGGUAUAAUUGCUCAAAUGUAUCAUGAUUUGAAUACGUUUGAUUUACGUGAAGGCCAUGUGACCAAGAGUCGACCAACGGCAUUCCCUGUUUAGUUGAGUGAAAUUCUAGGAAUAUAACAAUUAGUGAUGUGUGCACCUCUUUAAAUGUGGCUUUUUUCAAAGUCAAUGAGGCAACAAAAGAAAUUGUUAUAUUCCUAGACUUUCACUCAACGAAACAGGGACUGCCAUUGGUUGAUUCUUGGUCACGUGGCCUUGACUAAAAUCAAAUGUAUCCCGAUCGUGAUACAUUAAACAAUGUAUCCCGCUCGGGAUACAUUGUAGCACGUGAUCAAAGCAUGGUGGAAAGUGGUGUGACAGAAGGCGGGAAAAACACCGCCAGGUCCAGCCAGUUUUCUUUUUCGUGAAUGAACACAACAACACAAAAACGAAGCCUCAAGCUAAAAAGCAACGAUUUUUAAAGUUAUCCCAGAAGUUCCCAGAAGAAAAACAGCAGCUAGUGGAGGAAAAAGAUGCAGAUAAUAUGAGGAAAGUACUUUUGUUUGUAAAUCAUUCAUUCAGUGGUUUUGAGAAUUAAAUUUGUGUUGUUAUAAGUACCGAGUCGACUGUUUUGGUUCGCUCCGGUUAUUCUUUUGUUGCUGUUGAAGUGAAAGUCUAGAAAUAUAACAAAACACUUAAUGUCAGGUCCCUCGGGAAACCAGUUAGUUUUGUUUUCCCUCGAGUCCUGAUGUUUCCCUCGACUUCGUCUCGGGAAACAUCAGGACUCUUGGGAAAACAAAACUAACUGUUUCCCUCGGGAUCUGACAUUAAGUGUAUAAUAUCUUGGGUUUAACUUAGGCUUGGUCUCUAGCCUUGGGACGUGUUUAGAUGUGCUUGUGAUGAGUUGGGGUGCAGGUGCAUCAAGAUAACUAACUGCCAUUUUAGAGUGGUAAUUUGACUUAAACAAACAUGGAUUAUUUUACAUUAAACUUAUUUAGUUUUGAUUUUCCUCUGUUGUGUAGGAAUAGGAAGUACAUUACAAGUUGUUGGAUACAAAAUUGGUGCAUUAUUUGGUGGAGGUGUGCUUGCCUGGCUAAGUGUCUUCUUCAGUUGGUGGUGGCUCUUCUGUCUUUGGGGCUCUUUUUAUAUUUUAUUAUUUAUCCUUGUAGUCAUCAACUUUAAACAAUCUCCACAACAUGUCAAACGUGAUAAAAUGCAAUACUGUAAUCAUUCAGCUAACAUUGAUGAUCCAGUUCCAUCAGAAAACUCCAAACGAACUGAGGGUACAAACAGUGAAAAUAAGAAAGACAGUCAUAAAAAUCAAGGAACAGCUCCAUCCAUAAGUAAAACUAGCCAUCUAAAUGUCACACAGAUACUAAAGAAUAUUUUGCAAACAUCCGACUUCCAUUGGCUCGUGUGUUGUGUAUUUACAUACAAACUAGGCGAACAAGGAGUUGUUAGCAUGCUUCCUCUAUUUUUGAUGGACCAGGGAGUUCCCCAUGAUCAAGUAGGAGCACUGUCUGGAAUAUUAGGUCAAACUUCCUCGAUUGUGGGAUCUGCUCUAGGGGGUUGGAUUGUUGGCGCGCAUUAUGGACAGAGGUAAGGUUUUAUCCUGGGGUGGGAGGGGGGCACCCCCUUAUGUGACAUUAGCCUGCGCUGGUUAUUUUUUACAGGCUGUGUGAGGGGAACACGCUUAGAGGAGAAGAGGCUUCCUCUCCUUUUCUCCCCCUCACGUGUCCUCAAGAUUUCUUCCUUUACCCUUUAAAAUCCGGCGUCUGCUACGCAGGCUAAUUUAGACUGCGAGCAGUCCCUCUUCAGUCAGUCAAGUCUAAGCUCGGCAGGACUGGCUUUCGCUCGCUUCGCUCGAUUUCCUUUGCUCGCGCUUUCCUCGCUCGCGUGAUCAUCCUAAGGGACUGCUCGCAGUCUAAGGCUAAUUUGACCAAAGCAUGUACCGCCCAACAAGGUAUGGUUUGCAAGGUCUCGAGUCUUACACAUGUAAAGAUUGUAUGGUAUCACUAUUUAAAUUUAGUGAUGUAUAGGUUGUGUUCUAGGACCCAACCAUGACUCAAACUGUUUGUGAAUCAUUUUUGAGCCUUUGAUGUUGAUUAUAAUUAGUUUUGACUGGUCCGAAAUUUAACCAAGAAACAUUUGAGUUCCUGUUGGUCCCAAUGGUAUUUCUUUGUUGCUUACUUGCAUUCAGAAAACCCAUGCAAUGGCUACAGUGAUUAUAGCUCAGGAGCCAAAAAUGGAAAAAUUGCAAGCCAUGAUGAUGUUUUGGACAUGUUUCGUGUGAAUGGAAAAGGAAUGCAGCAAGAAAUAGCCCAGUAUGCAUUUGAUUCUUAUAGACUACAAUCUUUGUUUUGUGCGUACAUUGACCAUGGUCCAUGUAACACAUUUGUAAUUCUGCUUCACUUCCUAAGGACCUGGGUGCUCAAAGUUCUACUAUGGACUUCAUAUGCAAGACUACUCCCACUUUCAUUAAUAUGGCUCUACUCCAGCGUGCCUUUAAGCAACCUUUGGUUGAGUUCACUCCUUGAAUGUUCUCUUCAACUAUCGGGUGGAAUUAUCACCACGGCAACUUUUACUCUGAUGAUGCUGAGCUCUCAGAAUUCAUCCCCCGGGACAAAGGCAUCGCACUCAGCCCUUCUGGCCACAGUUGAAGUGCUUGGAAAGUUGUUCAUGAUCUCUUCAUCAGGUUUUCUGGUGGACAUUGUUGGAUAUCCAUGCUUUUUUGGAUUUUGUUUGUUUCUAGCUUUGCUUUUUAUUCCUGUUUUGAGAAAUGGAAAAAUUUUCUUUAAGCAAAAGGUCUCAAUGAAAGUUGGCUGA